UAAUAACAGUUGUACUAGUAUACACAAAUGCAAGGAUACUUUACGUUUCUAGUGGCCUUGUGGGCACCAAUUAUGGUGAUGUGCAGCGACAUUGACGCCUGCCCCAUGUACGGCUGCCGUCCUAGCGGCACGUUUUCCAUGACUUGUGAUGUUCCGCGUGAUAACGUCACCGUGGGAUGGGUCGCAGAUUUCUUCAUCGGACCAGUGCCAGAUUUCGGCGGUUGCGCAGCUGACGAUGCCGUUCUUGUUUGUCAGUCGAAUGGACCAGGGCCAGCUGACGUAGGUUACAUGGUGCUAGAUAAAACUUCCGGUGCCCUCCUUUGGCGUGAUCCGAUAUUAAAGUUUCCCACACUCCCACUGAUCGGCAUCGGUGGCGGCUUCUGGGGCACAGACGGCGGAAACCUAGUCCUCUAUGACCAGAACGGAAAGCUUCUGCUGCCCCAAAUCCAACUGGAUCCUAAUAUGAGGCCACUUUUCGGUGCCCAGUAUGUGGACGCCGGCGACGGACUAAUUUUGCUUGUAUCCGAGGGUGGACAAAUCGCAACAUGGCUUACAGAUGGGACUCCCCAUGCCAGCCUAUACCUUAAAGGAACAGUGGAGCGUUCAAACGGGACAUUCCUGCCUGUCGCACCUGCCGUCACCAAUGGCAACAGAGUAUACAUCCUCACCGAGUUCAAACCGGACGACAGUAGAGAUGAAGCGAAUCUUGGAUUGCAGCGACUGUAUGCAAUAGACAUGUUGCUGUCAAUGGAUGAUCGAACACAUAUUGCGUGGUCAGCGACUUUUGAGAAAGAGCGUGUUUCCGCAAGAGGUGCCUCCAAGCUGCGCUUCAGACCCAAAAUGACCGCUCAAAGAUUGUACAGAAAACUGCAUGAUCCGGCGGUGUUAAAACCCUCGAUUCUGUGGGACGCUGCGAUAAGUACGGUGUAUGUCUCACUUCCGCCGCCAAUGCUACCCGGAGUGAUGGGGAAUGGAAUAGACAUGCUGUAUGCUAUAAAAGAUACAGGAAAUGACACUGAGCUGGUCUUCAAGACAGCGCAUACUGCAACCAACAUGGUUCUCUUCGAUACUAGUGGACCAGUCGGAAACGCGGCGGACCAGCUCUGGAUAUCUUUGUCGGAUGGCAAACUUCUUGCCAUCGAGAAGUCGGGUGUAGUCGGUAAAGUAAUAGAUUUAUCAAGUUUAGUUAAAGCAAACUUAACAAUAACUUCAAAGAUAACCACCACCAGGAAGCGAUCCGCUGACGAGGACUUUUUACUCUUUGGAAUACGCGUGGAAGAACCAACGGAGGCGUUCAAGCGCAUUGUUUCUGGUUUUGGUGUGGACACAACGACAGAAACCCCAAAGAACUACGUUGUUGGUAUUGAUACCCCCGAGAACAAUGAGCAGGGGAUGCCGUUAUCUUGGAUGGUCCCCUCGCCCGAGGACGCCGUUGUAUUCGGGCAGAUUAUAGGAAUACAGGGAAAUGAACAUAUGGAAACUCUUCUUAUUGCUUAUGCUCAGGAAGAAGGGAAUUUUGCUAAGGUGUUCUCUUUGAGUUGAAAGCUCGAUGAUGAC